ACAAAACACUUACAAUGUCUACCCCUGUGAUUUUACACUUGAGAGCCGAGACUAAGCCUUUGGAGCACAGAGCUGCUUUGACCCCUACCACUACCAAGCAGUUGAUCGAUGCUGGUUUCAAGAUCUUUGUGGAAAAGAGUUCUCAGUCCACUUUUGCCAUUGAAGAGUACGAACAGGCAGGAGCUACUAUUGUUCCUGAAGGAUCGUGGAAGGAAGCACCUAAGGACAGAAUCAUCAUUGGAUUGAAGGAAUUGCCCGAAGACGAAACUUUCCCAUUGGUACACGAACAUAUCCAGUUUGCCCAUUGCUACAAGGACCAAGGUGGGUGGAAGGAUGUUUUGAGCAGAUUCCCAGCUGGAAACGGAACUUUGUACGACUUGGAGUUCUUGGAAAACGACACCGGAAGAAGAGUUGCAGCUUUUGGCUUCUACGCUGGUUUUGCUGGAGCAGCCAUUGGUGUAAGAGACUGGGCCUUCAAGCAACUCCAUCCUGACUCUGAGAACUUGGGAGGUUUGACUCCUUACCCCAAUGAAGACGGGUUGAUUGCUGACGUCAAGAAGGACUUGGAAGCAGCAUUGCAAAAGAAUGGAGGCCAAUAUCCUACUACCUUGGUGAUUGGUGCUUUGGGCAGAUGUGGUUCUGGAGCCAUAGACUUGUUCAGAAAGGUCGGAAUUCCAGAAGAGAACAUCACUAAGUGGGAUAUCCAAGAAACUGCUAAGGGCGGUCCAUUCAAGGAAAUCGUAGAGUCCGACAUCUUUGUCAAUUGUAUCUACUUGUCUCAACCAAUUCCUCCUUUCAUCGAUUACUCCAGUUUGAAUGUUCCAGACAGAAAGUUGAGAAUCAUCGUCGAUGUCUCGGCCGAUACCACCAAUCCACACAACCCUAUCCCAGUGUAUUCCAUUGCUACGGUGUUUAACGAUCCUACAGUAGUUGUUGAAACUACUGCUGGGCCAAAGUUGUCUGUCUGUUCUAUUGACCACUUGCCAUCUUUGCUUCCAAGAGAAGCCUCUGAGUUCUUCUCUAGAGACUUGUUGCCUUCCUUGUUGCAAUUGCCAGAAAGACAAACUGCUCCAGUAUGGACCAGAGCCAAGGCUUUGUUCGACAAGCACGUAGCCAGAUUGUCUGAGUAAGCUAUUUCUAAAAGAAUAUUAUUUUCAGAAAAUGAAACAAAUCUCAUUUUUUCGAAUUGUCUGAGUAAGCUUCGCUUGACUUAGAUCUUCAAUUCUCAAUUCUACGACUUUUGCUCCCAUUAAUUUUAUUACUUUAUAUAGUAUGUAUAGCAGGGUAAAUCUAUAAUACAUUAUCUACUUCUCU